CGACAGCUCUGCGCAGCUACCGGUACAUGUUUCGCCCCAAUAUUCUCCAACGCACAUACCACGUAUUCAGCGUCGUCUGAUUUACAUAUCGAUCAGGUUGGAUCUAAAUUUGUGCAGCUUGGCUUUUUUUUUUGCGCAUACGGUUACGGGUCCAGAUCUCUUCCCAUACAAGCUCCAUAGGCCUGGCCAUAUUACCAAAAGUAGAUACACCCAACGUCUGGCAAACAAUCCAGCAACACUCCAUCAAAGAUUACUACCUAGCUAUCUCUCAACCUCCUUUCGAGAAAUUCCCCAAGAAGUCCCAAGAGUUACCAAGAAUUCCACAAAACCAACCAAGUAGUUCCACACAAAGGGCCAGAUCUGGAACGUCCACAAACCCCUCUCCCGGAAAAAUAAAAUGGGCUUCCCUACAGUCAUCCUGUCCAUCAUGACGGGCGCCGUGUCCGCGGCGGCACUCUUCAUUUCGGGAUCCUCAAUCCCUAGACUGCGCAAGUACGAAGACAAGGCCGAAAAGGCCGCCGAGUGGAGCAACAUUGCCGAGGAGCGGCUUUGGAACACGCGGUAUACUGUCGGCGCCGGCAUCGCGGCUGCAUUCAUCUCCCUCCUUUCGGCCCUCAACCUGAUCUUCCUCGCCAAGGCAGGAUGGUCCGUCGGCCAGCCCAUCUGGGCAGUGCUCUUGGCGGUCGGGAUCAGAUACACUGCCGUCUACAUGCACGACUUUUGGGCCAGCAAACACAAGAUACCAAUGAUGGGCGCAUACAACGAUGCCAUAUCGGAGCAGAAGAACGUUAGCGGGAUGCUGGACAUGGUCGCCGCCGGCUGGCUUACUAUCGCACUGGUGAGGCUGUUGACACUUUGAACGCCGGGGACACAACGAGCGCAAAUGGGAUUCAUAUCUGAAAGAUGUUGACGCAAAGUUUGCAAUUGAGACAACUAAAUGCCAGCUUAACAAAGACGUCACCCCUGCGAGGUGCGUAUAAGAGACUAAGAAAGAAGAUACAUCUGAAAAGGGAUAUGUGUAAAGAAUGUUGAGAAGUAAAAUGUUGGGAGGGGGAAAUAUUUUUUCCCCCACCUCCUUGUGCCAUGUUCAAAUUCCA